GGCUGAGCUUUCGGCGGCGGGCGGGGCACGCCGGGAAAGGUUCCGGGAAGGCGGGCCGCCCCCCGAGACCGGGCGCGGAAGUCGCCGGCGCCCGUGUGUCCUCCGCCCGGACCUGCCGCCAUGUCGUCGGGGGACGCGGGGCCCGGCGGGCGGGAGGCGGCCCCGCGCGCGGCGGCCGCGCUCUGCGGCUUCUUCCACGAGGCCGGGCAUCGGCUGAGGCGCCUGCAGGACCAGCUGGCCGCGCGGGACGCCCUUAUAGAGCGCCUCCGCGCCCGCCUGGCCGCGCUCGACGGGGACACGGCGCCGUCGCUCGUGGACGCGCUGCUGGCGCAGGUGGCGCGCCUCCGGGAGCAGCUCCGGCAGCAGGAGGGCGGCGCCGCCGAGGCCGCGCUGCGCCAGGAAAUCGAGAGACUUUCUGAGCAACUGGAAGAGAAAGAAAGGGAGAUGCAGCAGCUGCUGGGCCAGCCAGAGCACGAGCGGGAGAAGGAAGUCGCCCUGCUGCGGAGAAGCGUCGCAGAGAAGGAGCGGGCCCAGGCUGCCAGCCACGUUCUGUGCCGCUCCCUGGCGGAGGAGACCCGGCAGCUGCGGAGGGCCCUGGCGGCCACUGCUCACAUGUGCCAGCAUCUGGCCAAGCGUCUGGAUGAACGCCAGCAUGCACAGUGUGACCCUGGGGAGAAAGGCCCUCAGCCAGAAUGUACAGCCAGGGCUGCCUCUGUCCAGGCUGCCAUGGAGAAGUUACAGGAGGAAAACCAGCUGCUGACGCAGAGGGUGACUCACGUCGAAGACCUCAACGCCAGGUGGCAACGCUACGACGCCAGCAGGGAGGAGCAUGUGAGGGGCCUCCAUGCGCAGCUGAGGGGACUGCAGGGCCCCCGUGAGCCCACUGGACCCUCCCCUCCUGAGCUGAUGAAGGAGAUUUCCCGGCUCAAUAGGCAGCUGGAGGACAAGAUGCACGACUGUGCGUCCAUGAGGCAGGAGCUGGCGGCCACGCUGAGGGCCCGGGACGGUGCACUGGAGCGCGUGCAGAUGCUGGAGCAGCAGAUCCUCGCUUACAAGGAUGACUUCACCUCAGAAAGGGCCGAUCGGGAGCGGGCUCAGGGCAGGAUUCAAGAGCUGGAGGAAAAGGUGGCCGCCUUGCAGCACCAGGCGCCCUGUGGACAGGACUCCCGAGAACCAGGCUCCUGUUGGAUUCAUGCUGGGAGUGAGGCCCCCAGGUACCUGGAAACAGGCGCUCUGGAGUGGGCAGCAGCCAGUGGCCGGAGGCCUGAGACUGGGUCCCAGUGGCUGGAGGGCCCGGACCUGCCUCCACAGGCCAGACCUCAGGAGGCCCCAUCCCCCUCUAUGCCCAUCCUCUACUACCCUCUGACUUGGUCCUAA